CUCUCAAAUGCUGUGAGUGCUUUGGUGCCUUUUGUGAUCUCAGUUGCAAAUUGUCAGUCGAUGUGAGCACAUUGUGCGCGUUCCGGAACACGAGAAUAAGAAAAAAAGAAGAUAGAGAGAGAUUUGUAUAGGAAGAAAGAAGAAGAAGAAUUUGCAGGAGGAGCAUUUUCGGAAUAGCGAAAAAAUAAAAUAGUUUUUUCGGAAUUUUUUUUUUGUAAAUUGAUUGACUUUGUAAAAAAAAAAGGUCUACCUCAUGACGACUGGAUGACAAUUGAGAGGUGACCUUCAAAAAAAGGGACAGAAAAACAAUUGAACCUUCUAUUGUUUUUCCGGAAAAACAUAAAAAAAAAAUUGAAAUAGAGAAACAGCUUGAGGAAAAGUUCUUCAGUAUUGAGUUUAACUUAUUCCGGAACAUAGUGCAACAAAUAAAGUGCCAUAGAAAAGUGUUUAUAAGUGAUGAUUUAUUAUGGAUUUUGUGCCAUCCGGAACUAUUAGCUUAAGAAAGGGUGUUUAAGUGCUUUUUUUUUCUUCCGGAAUUAUUUCCGGAAUUUGUUUUUAUUGUUUUUUUUUGUAAAUUUUUUUUCCGGUGAAUUUUUUUAAUUGAUAUUCUACACAAUUUAAGCCAUUGAUAACUUCGGUACAAUCAAAUUAAUCUCUCUCUCUCACAACUUGUCAUCCCCCGGAACAGGUGGAUCAACCACCGAUAAUCUGUGAUUGCUCUCCCAAAAUAAUGUGCUAAAAAAAAUUUUCUUUAAAAGUAAUUUGUUUAAAGAAAAUUGAGAAGUGAAAGGAUAAACCAUUCCGGAAUAUUAUUUUUAAUUCUUUUCUAUCAAAAAAAAAAUAUUACAAAAAUAAAUUAUCGUGAAGUAAUAGAAGAAUUUGUGGUAUUCCCCUGUGUGGAUUAUUCCGGAAAACAAGAAAAAAAAAUAGAAAAGAAAAAGAGGAUAAAGUGCCAUUUUUGUGCUAAAGAAAAUUGUUAUAGUUCAAAUUUUGUGUGUUCAACUUUGUCAUCAAAAAAUAGGCAACGCCAUAGGAAACACCGAAAUCGAUUACGGAACGCAAAGAUAGAUGCAAAAAUAAGGGUAGUGGCGGUGCGGGGGCGAUGUCGUCUAAACGAAAGUCCCCCCCGACGAAACUUGAGGGCGGUGGGGCUGAAAAUGAGGCACCAGGUGAGAGAAAUGGUGAAAGAUCGGAAGAUGAUGAAGAUGAUGAUGAACUGGUGAAUAAUUUGCGUGAGGAUGAUGAUGAAGCAGAUGACGAGGAUGAUGAUCUCGAUGAGGAACUCUUGGAGAUCGAUGAAGCACCACGACCACCGCCAUCUAGUGCCUCAUCGGAUGAUCUCGAGGGACCCUGCAAGAAGCAACGACUAGCAGAGAUUAUCCCAAGUCCACCCAGCGACCUCAUAUCUAGUCACACCAUGCCCCUCCCCACCACACCAGAUCACAUGUCAAAUAACAAUAAUAGCAUCAAGAUGUCACCGCCGGCUGGUUGCAGUCGGGUGUCCAAUUGUACGGCAACAGUUGCAAUUGGUAGACAGGAAUUGGGUGCCCAGAAACGUUCAAUGGACGAUGUUCUGAGGAGAUUAACCAACAAAAUGCGCGGUAGUUCACUUAGAGAGGGCAUUACGGAGCCACAGACAAAUAAUAACAACAGUACAUCAAGUAAUUUGAAUAUCUGCAGCAAUGGUGGGGCCACAAAACGUUUUGGGGCUCCAGAACAUCUUACAACAUCCACCUACGCACUAUUAGAUAGUCCAGAUUACCGGACGGCAGAUUCUCUGCUGGGAUGCUAUCCGGGAAGUGUUCAGGAGAAGGAGCGCAAACUCAAUGAGAUGAUCCUUCAAUUGCAAUUAGUAAGGGAUCAUCUGAUAAAUCAGCAGCAACAGCAACAACAUCAUGCAGACCGGGUAAGUCUUACUUUUUUUUUUAGUACACAAAACAGGUCAGAAUGACUUAAUAAUGUGGUCGGUAUCACUUGAAGUGUUAUGAAGUGAUGUUAGAUAUUAUUCAAAGGGAAAAUUCAACGGGAAGCUUCAAUUAGUUUAAAGCGAAACACGUUGGAAAGUUUGGUAAUAAUGACGGUAAAAUUACGUCAUGAUAACACUGGUAAAAAUGAAAGGAUCAAAUUAGAUUAUAUUCCAUCCUUUUCAAACGGAUGGAUCAUAUUUGAACCUUUGGAAGGAUCACUAGUGUCUCUUGAAAUUUUGUAUGCAAA